GGCGACUCUCCUUUCAACCUUUUUGACCACGGCAGCUUCCUUCGUUAACAUCAUCUCUGUAGGUUGCGACUUUGCCUCCGCGCUCCUGCUUCUCUUCUUGGUUUCUGCUUUCUCGGUAAAGGAAACAGGAGCAAGCCCCUCUCCUUCUGCUUUUAGACAAAGUUUACUUUUUUGGAAGCUUGGGGUGGUACUAUAAGCGAAGGACAUGGAUUGCUGCUGAGGUUUGUUUGCUUCUUAUCGUUGGCAGUCACUGUUUCUUGGUGUGCGUCUUGAGGAAGAGUGUGGGAGUAAACUGGAGAGCCAAAGGGACAGUCACGAGGGAAGAGGAUCAACAUGCUGCGGCAAGUGUCCAGCAGAAACCACAGGGCCAAAGGGGGGUUUAGGGCAAAGAACGCCCUCCAGAUAUCCACCUUGGUUGCUGUUGGUAUCUGGCUGAUCUACCAGAUGAAGUACUCGCAUGACCACAGGAAGGCCUACGAGGACAAGCUCAAUAUUAAUGCGAGGCAGUCUGAGCUGAUCACAAGCUUUAGAAGGAAGGACCUUUCCCCUUUCUCAGGGAAAGAAGAGGCCAAGCAUGCAGAACUUAAGGAGAAGGCGAGGGAAGCUGAUCCUUCUGAGCAAAAGUCACAGAUUGCUCGGAAAGUGGAUGACCCAGAACAUGAAGAGCACUCACACGAGGCUCGAGAGAAAAGCUUCCGGGGCGACGACGCCUCCAGUGAGGUAGUCCACAAUACCCACGAGGCAGAACGCGAUGAACGGACUCGCGAAGCGCGAGAACGGAGCUUCAAAGCCGAUGACGCUUCCAGUGCUGUGGAUCAUAUUGUUCCGCUCAAGGAUUCUGAGCCUGAGAUUGGAAUGUUUGUUUCAGUGCAAGAGAAAAACACGAGUUUGAUUCAGUUCAACCAGACUCUUCCCGAGAGCAGGGCUGCUGCAAAUGAAACUCUGGAUCACAUUCACGAUGAAACAGGGGUGCUGAAAUUUCAUGCAAACGAAUCAGAAAGUCAAGAUGAGUUAGGUUUGAGAUCGAUAGAGAAUGUUCAGAAGGAUUAUACUGUAAUACCGAAAAAUUCAACACAAGCUCAGAGCAACCAGACAACAGUAGUUGAUCCAACAAUCGUUGCAAGAGAUCUACAAAAUCUAACCGCUGUGCAUCCACUUCAAACUUCUACCGAAGCAGCUAAGUUGGAAGUUCCAACCACAAAGAAUGAAGUCAGAUGACCAAAAUCUCAGGACAUCUGCACUAUAAUCUCCCAAACUCUUUCGAUACCGGGAGCAAGAAAUGGAAAGUGAUAGUAUGUAUUUGAUGUAAGUUUUUAUUCCAAACCAUGGAAUUGUGGACUUUUGAUUUGUUUGGCAAAGUAUCAGUGAUAUUAAAUACAAUAAUGAUCGAGGUCCAAAGUGCUUGUUCUGCUCUUUCA